AUGGAAGCUGUAGCUCCCGAAGAGAUGUCAAAGGCAACUGACUUCUCUGUCUUCAGCGUUCUGGUGACAGGAUCCGAUCGGGGGAUUGGUCUUGGUCUGGUGAAGAGAUUUCUGAUGCUGCCUUAUCCACCCAAAUGGGUCUUUGCUACAACUCUUGAUCUGAAGGGAAAAGAAACCAAGGAGGUGAAAGAGUUGGCAUGCAAGCAUCCGAAUCUGGUGGUGUUGCAGUUAGAUGUCACUAAUCUUGAGAGCAUCCAGGCAGCUCUGAAAGAAGUACAGAAGUGUGUUGGAGAAAGUGGGCUGACCCUCCUAAUCAACAAUGCUGGCAUUUGGGUCUUCAAUGAAAUGGAAGCAGAAAAUGCUAAGAAUAUGAUGAGAAUUUAUUCCGUCAAUACCAUAGGCCCACUGCAAAUGAGUCAGGCCUUUCUGCCCCUGCUGAAAAAGGCAGCCCAGGAAAGUCCGAGGCAAGGGCUUAGCUGCAGCAAGGCAGCCAUUAUCAAUAUCUCCAGCAUCGUAGGCUCAAUCGAACUUAUGGCUUACUGGGAAGUAAGUCAGGCAGUUGCAUAUCGCUGCAGUAAGACUGCUUUAAACAUGCUCACCAAGUGCCAGUCGCUCGAGUAUCCAGCUAGUGGGAUUCUGACUGUCUCCAUCCAUCCUGGCUCAGUCGAAAAUCCUCGCAACCCAGUUCCGGAAAUCACUGUGGAAGAGAGUGCCCGAGGUAUCGUGACUGUGCUAUCCACGCUUUCUGAGGAGGACAACGGGACCUUUCUGGAUUGGUUGGGUCAUCCACUUCCCUGGUGA